GCAUCUUGGAUUUUAUAGAAAGAUGCACCACACACAGUAUCUUUUAAACCUAUAGUUAUACUAAAAAUAAUGAAGAAAAGAGCACAGAGAAAUACGGGAACUACAAAAGAAAAUGCUUUCAAAUUGGAUGAUUUUAUACGGGUGUAAUAUGCAUACAUUUUUUAUUCUUUCCUUUAAAAAAGCUGCUAAGAUUUGAUAGCGAGCGGAGUGAUGACCAGGGUGGAAGUCAGUGAUGAAUGACAGGAUGAAGGACACAACAGGAGAAGGAGGACUUGCAGUAGGAGAUUUACGAGCAAACUAAAGAAUCUGUUGAAAGCUGUGAUCUUUCCAUUAGACAGCACGAGCACUGAAGGCUCAGAACUAUCACAGAUAUUGGUGUUAAUCUGACAGAUCCUAUGUUCAGAGGAAUCUACAGAGGAACACAAAAGCAUCAAGGUGUCUUUGUAUCCAGUGUUGUUCUGGUCUUACAACAGCGAGCACUUUUCAAGUUUUAUAUGAUCGCCUCGGCAUUUCUGCUGGCUGCCACUUCAGUGUUGGUGAAUUACUAUGCCUCUUUGCACAUAAACUUCUACAGUGCCUACUACACAGCUGCGUUUGGAAUUCAGAUCUUCCCUCAUAAAGGGCCUUCGUUAUGGAUGACACUUUCCAUCCUUCAGCUCACCUUUGGAAUCGGAUAUGUUACAUUGCUGAAUGUGCAGUCCGUAUACUCUCAGCUCAUCAUUCUGGAUAUACUGAUUCCUGUGAUUGGCUUGGUUGUUGAAUUACCUUUAAAUGUCCGCAAAAUGCUAGUUUUUAUUUCAGGCCUAGUUCUGACACUAAAUACCACAGCCAUUUUAGUUACGAAGAUUAAAUGGUUCUACUAUUCAGUGCGGUAUGUUUAUCUGCUGGUGAGGCACAUGUAUCGCAUUUAUGGAUUACAGCUGCUGAUGGAAGAUACAUGGAAAAGGAUUCGCUUUCCAGCUGUACUGCGUGUCUUCUGGCUAACAAGACUUACAGCACAAGCUGUGGUAUUAACCUAUGUUGUAAAGAUGUCUGAAACUAAUACAGAAGAAAAAUUCUUCUUGAUAUCGUGGGAUAACUGCUGGGAACUGAUUUGCAGUCUGAUCAUCAGCGGGUGCGACUCAACUCUAACUGUGUUAGGCAUGAGUGCUGUCAUUUCCUCAAUAGCACAUUAUUUGGGACUUGGUAUCUUGGCGUUCAUCGGAUCAACUGAUGAGGAUGACAAAAGGCUUGGUUUUGUAGCACCCGUCUUAUUUUUCAUUUUGGCUCUGCAGACUGGUUUAAGCGGACUGAAACCAGAAGAACGAUUAGUUCGCCUGAGUCGAAACAUGUGCCUUUUGUUGACUGCAGUCCUGCAUUUUAUCCAUGGAAUGACAGACCCUGUGCUGAUGUCUCUCAGUGCCUCCCAUGUAUCAUCAUUUCGCAGACACUUCCCUGUACUGUUUGUUUCUGCUUGCCUUUUCAUCCUUCCAGUUCUGCUCAGUUACAUCCUCUGGCACCACUAUGCACUAAAUACCUGGCUUUUUGCAGUUACAGCAUUCUGUGUCGAGCUUUGCCUAAAAGUAAUAGUUUCUAUCACUGUUUAUAUAUUGUUUAUGAUUGACGGCUACUACAAUGUGCUAUGGGAAAAACUUGAUGAUUACGUCUAUUAUGUUCGUUCAACUGGCAAUAUUAUCGAGUUUAUAUUUGGAGUGAUCAUGUUUGGCAAUGGAGCUUACACCAUGGUUUUUGAAUCGGGAAGCAAGAUUCGUGCUUGUAUGAUGUGUCUACAUGCUUACUUCAACAUCUACUUGCAAGCAAAGAAUGGCUGGAAGACUUUUAUAAACCGCCGGACUGCUGUUAAGAAAAUAAACUCGCUUCCAGAAGUGAAAGGAAGUCGGUUACAUGAAAUAGAUGACGUCUGUGCAAUCUGCUACCAUGAGUUCACCACCUCUGCUCGCAUUACUCCAUGCAACCAUUACUUUCAUGCACUUUGUCUUCGGAAAUGGCUGUACAUUCAGGACACUUGCCCGAUGUGCCAUCAAAAAGUGUAUAUUGAGGACAAGGAAAAUGCCAACAUCUCUAACAAUAAUGGGUUUGUGGCACCAAAUGAAAAUCCUGUACAAGUUGCAGAAGCUGCUGCUGAUGCUGAAAAUGAAUUAAAUGAAGAUAACGACAGUUCUGAUAGUGAUGAGGAAGACGAUGAUUGCGUGGCACCGCACUUGAAUGAGCCUCUUAAUGUUGACUCUAACUCUCUUGGUGAUUAAAAUGCCCUUUACUAAGCCGUGAGGUAUUUGUUUAAGAUUGAUUUCAACAGAAGGAAAGUAUCACUUGUAGUUAUUGUACUUAAGCACAACGGCAGUAUCUCAGUGUUGAGUCUGUGAAUGGUGGUUGUUUACUGUGGUGUGUGCUACUGUAAAUAUACCUCUAAUUUUUGCUGGUCUCUUUCAUGACCACCUUAAAUUAUGUACAUUAUUGUACAUGGAAUAAAAUGUUUUCACAUGUUUUUAA